AUGGCCCGCGCGCCUCCGCAGGGCGGCGGCUUCCAGGUGCGGGUGGGGCUACGCAUCCCGCCGGCCCGGGAACUUUCACUCGGCGGCCGCUGCGCGCGGACAAUGGGCCGGGGCAGCGCCUUAUCGCGGCGCGCAGGCCUUCCCCGAGCGCGGCGGGCGGCGGCGGCGCUUCCUCGGGCCCCGGGCCGCCCGCCCCGGCCGCCCCCCGCCGCUUCCUCCCCGCGACCCCGCGGCCCCCGGGCCAGGCGCGGCCGGCGGAAAGGCUUGGUGGGGCGGCCGCGGCGACGACACGCGCGACCGGGCCCGGGCAAACAAAGGGGGGAUGUGGGAGGCCGAGGGUCCGGAAACUGGGCGCCGGUGGGGGCCGGCCGGGCGCAGCUCCCUGCCGCGGGGCCCAUUGUUUGCCGAGGGCCCGGCCACACGCGCUUAACAAGAAAUUAA